AUGACAUUGUUCCUGCGUCCAACAAUUUAUCGUAAUAAAGUUAAUUUUCAUAAAUUUCAUCAAUAUUCCACCAAAUCAAAUACGUUAAAAAAAUUACGUAUACAAAAAUUUAUUAUUACUGGAUCCACACUAUUUGCCACCGGAUCCAUUUUCUAUUUCUUUAUUAAUAAUGAUGAUACUUAUAAAUCGUUCGCAUCAUUCUCUUUAAUUCCAGUCAAAUCUACAAUAUCAUCCGAUAAAUUCACUGCAACUCCAAUACAUCAGAUUAUACCACAAUCAAAAACGACAAGUAUUUUCAGAUUAAAACUAUCAGCACCACUUCAAGAGCCAUUUCCUGUAUCAUCAUGUGUCCAUGUCAAAGAUCCAUCUUUGCAGAUCAUGAGAGAAUAUACACCAAUUAGCCCAAUUGUUAAAAAUGAUGAAUUGUUGUACAUUGAUUUACUUGUGAAAAGAUAUGAGAAUGGGCAAGUAUCAAGGUAUAUCCAUGGUUUGAGCGUGGGUGAUCUUAUGGAGAUUAGAGGUCCAGUGAUUACAUUCCAGUAUCGAGAGAAUAUGUAUAAAGCAUUGGGAAUGAUUUGCGGUGGAACUGGAAUUACUCCAAUGUAUCAAAUCAUCAAACACAUAUUAAACACUCCAAGUGACAAAACCAAAAUCUCGUUAAUUUACGCAAAUCAAUCCAUCGAUGAAAUAUUAUUACGAAAAGAACUCGAUAUAUUGUCAAAAAAGCAUCCCGAUCAAUUCAAAGUAUACUAUACAAUUGAUAAUGCACCAUCAUCAUCUAGUUGGAAUCAGGGUAUUGGAUACAUCACUAGUGAAAUGAUUAAACAAAAUAUGCCUCCUCCAUCUUCAUCAUCUUUGAGUAAUAUCGAUGAUAAAAAUUCAAAUAAAGAUGAUGAUAAUAGUAUACUGAUUCUCGUUUGUGGGCCAGAUGGUUUAAUGAAAUCCAUUUCCGGACGAAGAGCGCGAGAUAUGUCUCAAGGCCGUCUUAGGGGUCUUCUCAAAAAAUUGGGCUAUAACGAAAAUCAAGUUUUCAAAUUUUAA